AUGGCUGGCUUCGGCGCGAAGCCGUUGGGCUUCGUCUGCUACCUCUGCGGGCAGCAGUACGGCAGUUCCUCGCUGCCCAUCCACGUCAAGAAAUGCAAGGAGAUGUGGAGCAAGCGCUCGGAGCGCCCGAUGCCUGCAGAGCCACCGGAGCUGGCGGAGCCGCUCCCCAAGGCCGCCGCCGCGAUCGAAGCCUUCAACAACAAGAUGUUUGACAUCUACAACGGCGCCUCUCUGGCCAGGUGUCCCGGGUGUUCGCGCACGUUCAACGAAGAGGCUCUGGCCAAGCACAUGCCGAGCUGCAAGGGCCCCGGCGGCAAGGGCGGGGCCGCGGGGGCGGCGGCGGGCAUGGGGAACCUCAGCCUGAACAGCACCGGCGGCUCGACCGGCUUCGGAUCGCCUUCGGGCCCCGGCGCGCGGCCCAAGGGCUACGUGUGCUACCUGUGCGGCCAGCAGUACGGCAGCUCCUCGCUGCCCAUCCACAUCAAGAAGUGCAAGGAGAUGUGGACCAAGCGCACCGACCGCCCGAUGCCGCCGGAGCCCGCCGAGCUCUCCGAGCCGCUACCCAAGGGCGGCGCCGCACUCGACGCGUUCAACCAGAAGAUGGCCGACGUGUGGAACGGGUCGUCGCUGGUGCCGUGUCCGAGCUGCGGGCGGACGUUCAACGAGGAGGCGCUGGCGAGGCACGCGCCGUCGUGCAAGGGCAGGGACGGCAAGGGCCCCAAACCGUCCGGCGGGUCCGGGAGCUUCGGGUCGCCCGCUGCGUCGCCCGCCGGCGGUGGCGGCGGCGGCGCGGGCCCCGGCGGACGCCCCAAGGGCUACGUGUGCUACCUGUGCGGCCAGCAGUACGGUUCCCCGUCGCUGCCCAUCCACAUCAAGAAGUGCAAGGAGAUGUGGACCAAGCGCACCGACCGCCCGAUGCCGCCGGAGCCGGCGGAGAUGUCGGAGCCGCUGCCCAAGGGCGGCGCGGCGCUGGACGCGUUCAACCAGAAGAUGGCCGACGUGUGGAACGGGUCGUCGCUGGUGCCAUGUCCGAGCUGCGGGCGGACCUUCAACGAGGAGGCGCUGGCGAGGCACGCGCCGUCGUGCAAGGGCAGGGACGGCAAGGGCCCCAAACCGUCCGGCGGGUCCGGGAGCUUCGGGUCGCCCGCUGCGUCGCCCGCCGGCGGUGGCGGCGGCGGCGCGGGCCCCGGCGGACGCCCCAAGGGCUACGUGUGCUACCUGUGCGGCCAGCAGUACGGUUCCACGUCGCUGCCCAUCCACAUCAAGAAGUGCAAGGAGAUGUGGACCAAGCGCACCGACCGCCCGAUGCCGCCGGAGCCGGCGGAGAUGUCGGAGCCGCUGCCCAAGGGCGGCGCGGCGCUGGACGCGUUCAACCAGAAGAUGGCCGACGUGUGGAACGGGUCGUCGCUGGUGCCAUGUCCGAGCUGCGGGCGGACCUUCAACGAGGAGGCGCUGGCGAGGCACGCGCCGUCGUGCAAGGGCAGGGACGGCAAGGGCCCCAAACCGUCCGGCGGGUCCGGGAGCUUCGGGUCGCCCGCUGCGUCGCCCGCCGGCGGUGGCGGCGGCGGCGCGGGCCCCGGCGGACGCCCCAAGGGCUACGUGUGCUACCUGUGCGGCCAGCAGUACGGCAGCUCCUCGCUGCCCAUCCACGUCAAGAAGUGCAAGGAGAUGUGGACCAAGCGCACCAGCAGAGCGAUGCCGCCGGAGCCGGUGGAGAUGUCGGAGCCGCUGCCCAAGGGCGGCGCUGCACUCGACGCGUUCAACCAGAAGAUGGCCGACGUGUGGAACAGCGCGUCGCUGGUGCCGUGUCCGAGCUGCGGGCGGACGUUCAACGAGGAGGCGCUGGCGAGGCACGCGCCGUCGUGCAAGGGGAGGUAG